AUGAGAGCGAGCGCCAGCCACGACGACCAGCUGCUCUUCGAGCUGCAGAGCCGCAGCAGCGUGCCGAGCCUCGUCACCACCGCCAGCUCGUCCGAAGACAGUGACGAGCUCAGCGACCUGCAGUCGCGCCGCAGCCUGGACGCAGCGCUGGGUCGCCUCUCGUGCCUCUCGUCCAUCGCCAAGUUCGCCAUGAAGCUCAACCAGAUCCACCACGUCAAGAUCUGCGCCACCUACGACGAAAGCGAAGGCGGCGCCACCGUCUACGUCAUGAACGUCUACCUGCGCUACGUGCAGAAGGGUCUCCCGCCGCCGCCGCCUGCCGGUGAGUCCGAGGGUCAGCGCAAGAAGCGGCUGCGGCGCGAGAGGGAGCUCGAGCACCCCGUGUACCAGGUGGAGCACCGCUACUCGGCGUUCCGCGAGCUGCGGAGGCGCAUCAUGAAGACCGUCAACGCGCGCAGUGACAACAGGUAUCACCAGCAGUGCGCGUACUGCAGUCGCAUCAAGUUCAUCGACUCGUCCACGAGCUUCCCGCCGCGCGUGCCGAACCGCGGGCUGGUGGCGACCUGCACGGGCUGGCGCCAGCUUUGCACGCACUUCCGCAAGCGGCAGCUCGAAGGCUUCCUCAACCAGCUGCUCAGAGCGGCCAAGGACCUGUCGUACCGCACAGGCAGCGGCCAGUGCGAGCGGUUCCUCGUCGUCUCGCAGAUCCUCAGCUCGUUCCUGUCGGCGGAGAGCAUGCGCGCGACCGAGAGCGUGUGGUAA